AUGACCAAUUCAAACGGGCCACGGUGGAGGUUGUUGAGGCUACCAGGGACCCCUUUGCGAAGAAGGUUGCUCAUCCUUUUGAUCCUCAUAUUUCUCUUAUUGGUCGUCGGGUCGCGUCAAGAAAGUGUACAUAAGGCAACUUUGUCGUUGCCGGUGCACAUUUCAACUCCACUCAAGGAGCUUUAUUCGACGCCACAUUGGAGAUCCUACGCUGCGUUGGGCCUUGCGCCGCCGACCUCACGGUUUCCGGAAAAUGAGUUCAUCACGUUGACUACCGCCGCGCACGUCAAAAAUCGUGCGGCCGCUGUUCAGCGGCUGUUUUCCUGCUAUGGUAAAAAGGAAGGCGAGGGAACGCACAAUGAAACCAGUGAUUUGUAUGACUUUGUUGUUUUGCCGAUUGGGUGUUUCGGUGACACUCUAGAUGCAUGCACGUCGUGCACUCUCAGUAAGACACUUGUGAAUGCCACAUAUUGUGGCCGUCAGAAGAUAGGUCUCUUUCUUGGCGAUAAUUUUUAUCCGUACGGUAUCCGUUCUCGGCGUGAUAGACGGUUUAGGAGGGAGCUGCGUUACAAAUUCUAUCGUUUCCCUGAGCUUCAGAUGACGUACUACGCCACCUCUGGUAAUCACGACGGGUGGCCUAAGUACUUGUAUCGCACGGAGAAGUAUUGGAUGAUGCCUGCGCCAUUUUAUCGGAGUGGCAUCCAACAGAGUGGGGAAACGACUGUGGAGAUAUUCACCAUCUCAACUAACCCAUACGAUAUGAUUGGUAGGAAACACUUCUUUGAAUACCAAAAGGCGUGGCUCAACAGUUCCUUGGCUAAUAGCACUGCUCAGUGGAAAAUUGUCAUGACCCACGAACCCAUUAUUAACGUGAUUAGUCUACAAUACCAUGCACAAGGCCUGAAGUAUAUUCAUCCCCUCCUUAAGCAACACGGUGUUCAGAUAUUGGUGUGUGCCCACUUGCAUGGCGUGUUUCUACACCGUGUGGAUGGGGCCUAUUACCAAUUGACUUCGGCAGGAUUCGCUAACAAUCUGGUGGGCAGUGUAAAUAUUCAUAGACCACUGGGUUACAAUCACCUUGGCGUAGCUGCCACCGCCCUUCUUGUGAAACAAGAGACCAUUACAGUGGUUUCUGCGGAUGCCGAUGGAUACCUUGUUUUCCAUCACAUCGUGCCCCGUCAUAUGGCGUCGUAG